AUGGCGCAGCGCUCGUCGAAGAUGGCCAUAGCCGGAGCCGCCGCAGGCGGAGUGGCGCUGCUCAAUGCCGCCUCGGCCUUCGUGGCAGCGCCGGCAGCGUCACAGCCAGCCCUCAGGGGCACCCCAGCCGCGCAGGCGCAGGCCCAAUCCGCGAAUGCGGGCUCUUCGCUCUCUACGUUGGCCGCGGGUGGUGCCGUUGCCGCAGCAGCAGUUGCCGCAGGUGCUCGGCCAGGACGCCAGACACGCAGCACCAUCCUCCCAACAACCGUGGUGCCAGCGAAGGAGAGCCUGGUGACACUCAAAGCAUUGGACCAGUCCAGCCGAUAUGCAGACCUCUCCCUGGACGAGGCCACGCUCAUCAAGAAUGGAAAGCACGUGCUGGUGGCGUACAUAAUGAAGCCGAAGGCGGGCUACGACUACCUGGCCACCGCCGCCCACUUCGCCGCCGAGUCCUCCACAGGCACCAACGUGAACGUGUGCACCACCGACGACUUCACGAAGUCCGUGGAUGCCCUGGUGUACUACAUCGACCCUGACAGCGAGGAGAUGAAAAUCGCCUACCCCACCCUGCUGUUCGACCGCAACAUCAUCGAUGGCCGCGGCAUGAUGUGCUCCUUCCUGACCCUGGCCAUCGGCAACAACCAGGGUAUGGGCGAUGUCGAGUACGGCAAGAUCUACGACUUCUACCUGCCCCCGUCCUUCCUGCGCCUGUAUGAUGGGCCCGGCGUGAACGUGGAGGACAUGUGGCGCAUCCUGGGCAAGGGCACCAGCAACGGUGGUCUCGUGGUGGGCACCAUCAUCAAGCCCAAGCUCGGCCUGCAGCCCAAGCCUUUCGGCGAGGCCUGCUACGCCUUCUGGCAGGGCGGUGACUUCAUCAAGAACGAUGAGCCGCAGGGCAACCAGGUGUUCUGCCAGAUGAACGAGUGCAUCCCCGAGGUCGUGAAGGCCAUGAGGGCUUGCAUCAAGGAGACCGGUGUCGGCAAGCUGUUCUCGGCCAACAUCACCGCGGAUGAUCCAAACGAGAUGAUCGCCCGCGGCAAGUACUGCAUGUCCCAGUUCGGACCUCUGUCCGAGAACUGCGCCUUCUUGGUGGAUGGAUACGUCGCGGGAGGCACCGCUGUGACCUGCGCUCGCCGCAACUUCCCCAAGCAGUUCCUGCACUACCACCGAGCCGGCCACGGCUCCGUGACCAGCCCCCAGACCCAGCGUGGCUACACUGCCUUUGUCCACACCAAGAUCUCUCGUGUUAUCGGUGCCUCCGGCAUCCACACCGGCACCAUGAGCUUCGGCAAGAUGGAGGGCGAUGCCUCCGACAAGAACAUUGCCUUCAUGCUGCAGGACGAUGAGGCCGAUGGCCCCUACUACCACCAGGAGUGGGAGGGCAUGAAGCAGACCACCCCCAUCAUUUCUGGUGGCAUGAACGCGCUCCGCCUGCCGGCCUUCUUCGAGAACCUGGGUCACUCCAACGUGAUCCUCACUGCCGGUGGCGGCGCCUUCGGCCACAAGGAUGGACCCAAGCCAGGUGCCAUCUCCUGCCGACAGGGUGAGGAGGCCUGGAAGGCCUGGAGGUCCGGACAGUACGGCAACAUCAGCCUGAGCGAUGGCGUCAUCGAGUUCGCCAAGACGCACGAGGAGAUCAAGGGUGCCUUCCUCACCUUCCAGAAGGAUGCUGACCAGAUCUACCCGGGAUGGAAGGAGAAGCUCGGCUACACUGGUGAGUCCUCUGUGCAGGCGGCCAGCUUCGACUGGGCCAAGAAGGCGUCGGCCGCGGCCUUCGUCGGCGCCAGCGUGGCCCCUGCCAAGAAGGAGAGCAGCGUCUCGCGCAAGGCCCUGGACCAGUCCAGCCGAUACGCGGACCUGUCACUGGACGAGGCCACACUGAUCAAGAACGGCAAGCACGUGCUGGUGGCGUACAUCAUGAAGCCGAAGGCGGGCUACGACUACCUGGCCACCGCCGCCCACUUCGCGGCCGAGUCCUCCACAGGCACCAACGUGAACGUGUGCACCACCGACGACUUCACGAAGUCCGUGGAUGCCCUGGUGUACUACAUCGACCCUGACAGCGAGGAGAUGAAAAUCGCCUACCCCACCCUGCUGUUCGACCGCAACAUCAUCGAUGGCCGCGGCAUGAUGUGCUCCUUCCUGACCCUUGCCAUCGGCAACAACCAGGGUAUGGGCGAUGUCGAGUACGGCAAGAUCUACGACUUCUACCUGCCCCCGUCCUUCCUGCGCCUGUAUGAUGGGCCCGGCGUGAACGUGGAGGACAUGUGGCGCAUCCUGGGCAAGGGCACCAGCAACGGUGGUCUCGUGGUUGGAACCAUCAUCAAGCCCAAGCUCGGCCUGCAGCCCAAGCCUUUCGGCGAGGCCUGCUAUGCCUUCUGGCAAGGCGGUGACUUCAUCAAGAACGAUGAGCCGCAGGGCAACCAGGUGUUCUGCCAGAUGAACGAGUGCAUCCCCGAGGUCGUGAAGGCCAUGAGGGCUUGCAUCAAGGAGACCGGUGUCGGCAAGCUGUUCUCGGCCAACAUCACCGCGGAUGAUCCAAACGAGAUGAUCGCCCGCGGCAAGUACUGCAUGUCCCAGUUCGGACCUCUGUCCGAGAACUGCGCCUUCUUGGUGGAUGGAUACGUCGCGGGAGGCACCGCUGUGACCUGCGCUCGCCGCAACUUCCCCAAGCAGUUCCUGCACUACCACCGAGCCGGCCACGGCUCCGUGACCAGCCCCCAGACCCAGCGUGGCUACACUGCCUUUGUCCACACCAAGAUCUCUCGUGUUAUCGGUGCCUCCGGCAUCCACACCGGCACCAUGAGCUUCGGCAAGAUGGAGGGCGAUGCCUCCGACAAGAACAUUGCCUUCAUGCUGCAGGACGAUGAGGCCGAUGGCCCCUACUACCACCAGGAGUGGGAGGGCAUGAAGCAGACCACCCCCAUCAUUUCUGGUGGCAUGAACGCGCUCCGCCUGCCGGCCUUCUUCGAGAACCUGGGUCACUCCAACGUGAUCCUCACUGCCGGUGGCGGCGCCUUCGGCCACAAGGAUGGACCCAAGCCAGGUGCCAUCUCCUGCCGACAGGGCGAGGAGGCCUGGAAGGCCUGGAGGUCCGGACAGUACGGCAACAUCAGCCUGAGCGAUGGCGUCAUCGAGUUCGCCAAGACGCACGAGGAGAUCAAGGGUGCCUUCCUCACCUUCCAGAAGGAUGCUGACCAGAUCUACCCGGGAUGGAAGGAGAAGCUCGGUUACACUGGCGAGUCCUCCGUUCAGGCCGCCAGCUUUGACUGGGCCAAGAAGGCGUAA